AUGUCCAGUAAUGGUAGUAGCAUCAAUAAUAGGAACAGUAUCGGGUUUUGGGAUAAGUUUAAAACAUCCACUAAAUCUAUAACAUCCCAAUUUCAAGGGUUGAGUUUAAGAUCAGAAAAAGAUGGAGACUCACCUGAUUCUACAUUAGUCCACAUUGCAUUAGUAAAUUAUUAUAGGAACCAAGAGCCAUUUCAAGGGUUUCCCGAUUGGCUAGGCCAUAAAGAAGAAUUACCUGACGAACAGAAAAUACUAAGGAAGCAAAAACAAGAACAUAGGGGUCCUUUAUCCUCGUUAGCUAACGAAAUCGAGAAAAAAGAAGAGCAGUAUCACCAUCAUCAACAAGGUGGUAAUGAUAAAUCAGACAGUAGAAAUAACGCACCCCGUAAUAGAUUUACGUUUGGGUCUGUUUUAAAUCAAAGAAACCAACCAAAAGAACCAACUAUUGCCCCAAGUGCCCAGUUCCAAAGCAUGUUUGCUUCGACAGCAAAUUCUGUUUCAACUAGUACUGCUACUAAUUCUGCUGAGCCUCAUAGACAGACUAGUGUUAAAAGUACCUUGUCAUUUAUUGGUAGUAGUAGUACCACCAAUCACAGCGAGGUUAUCUCUGAAGAAGUAUCAACAAGACUGGACAGAGCAACAUCUAGUUCUUCAAUGUUAAUGCGUGAUCGUUUGAAAAGAGCAAAGAACCCAACACAAUUUUCUUAA